GAGGAGGAGCAGCAGCGACAACAGCACAAGGCAAGUAAGGAGAGAAGAUGCUACAGCAUCCGCACCGGCGCCCAGCAGGUUGCUUCUACGGGCCAACUGAUGCCAGCAAAGAGGCUAGGAGGCGAAGCUGGGUGUAGGGGGGCUGGCUGCUUGCCUUUCUGCAGAAGAAACACCUCUUUUAGGUGAAAUAAGACACCCUAGCUUGGAAAUAGGCAGGGGGCCAGGAGGGGAUCUGCCCUGCUUCUCGCGUCCCUGGGGACUCGCUUCCCUUUAGCUUUCCAACUCCUGGUGGUAGCCAUAAACUCCAGAGGGGCUCCGGGUGGGUGACUGGGUGGAGAAAUUCCCUUCCAGAUAGUCCUCACACCUUUCCCCAAAGCUCAGGUUUCGGGGCCACACUCUGGGUGGCCCGGUGGCGGAGGGAGAGCAGCGUCACUUGGUUCAGUUUCUACAAGUCAAACCCAGUCCCCACUUGCCGGCUCCCCGGGUCUCCAGCAGCACGCGGGGAGCUGCGGCUGUUCGGGCAAUCGGGCCGCUGCUGCUUUAAGAGCCGCCUCCCCCUCUCCUCCCUUUGACAAUGGUCUGAACCGAGCUCUGCUUCCCAAAGCAAAAUUUGUAAUAUGCCAUUUUUCCGAUGGACGCUUCUCCUUUUGGCUGCUGACGGAGCCGCGGAAAGAUGCCGAGCUGCUGCCACGCCACCCAGCCGGGGCACGUUCCAGAGGACGCCGGGGCACCCGACUGUCUAAGCUACCUUUCUCCUCGCGUUGCUAGGGAAAUGGUCCACGAGUGCCGGGUGUGAGCCUCCCCGCUCGUCAAGCCGGAGACUGCGGUUGUCAGUGAUCAAUUGAAGAAGCAGGACCCGAAAUUACAGACAUUAGCAAUGAUGUGUGAAGUGAUGCCCACAAUUAAUGAGGACACCCCAAUGAGCCAAAGGGGGUCCCAAAGCAGUGGCUCGGACUCAGACUCCCAUUUUGAGCAGCUGAUGGUGAAUAUGCUAGAUGAAAGGGAUCGUCUUCUAGACACCCUUCGGGAAACCCAAGAAAGCCUCUCACUUGCCCAGCAAAGACUGCAGGAUGUCAUCUAUGACAGAGAUUCGCUCCAGAGACAGCUCAAUUCAGCCCUGCCACAGGAUAUCGAAUCCCUAACAGGAGGGCUGACUGGUUCUAAGGGGGCUGAUCCACCGGAAUUUGCUGCACUGACAAAAGAAUUAAAUGCCUGCAGAGAACAACUUCUAGAAAAGGAAGAAGAAAUUUCUGAACUUAAAGCUGAAAGAAACAAUACAAGACUGUUACUGGAGCAUUUGGAGUGCCUUGUGUCACGACAUGAAAGGUCACUAAGAAUGACGGUGGUGAAGCGACAAGCCCAGUCCCCCUCGGGAGUGUCCAGCGAAGUUGAGGUUCUCAAGGCGCUGAAAUCUUUAUUUGAGCACCACAAGGCCUUGGAUGAAAAGGUAAGGGAGCGACUGAGGGUUUCUUUAGAAAGAGUCUCUGCACUGGAAGAAGAACUAGCUGCUGCUAAUCAGGAGAUUGUUGCCUUGCGUGAACAAAAUGUUCAUAUACAAAGAAAAAUGGCAUCAAGUGAGGGAUCCACAGAGUCAGAACAUCUUGAAGGGAUGGAACCUGGCCAGAAAGUCCAUGAAAAGCGUUUGUCCAAUGGUUCUAUAGAUUCAACUGAUGAAACAAGUCAAAUAGUUGAACUACAAGAAUUGCUUGAAAAACAAAACUAUGAAAUGGCCCAAAUGAAAGAACGUUUAGCAGCCCUUUCUUCCCGAGUGGGAGAGGUGGAACAGGAAGCAGAGACAGCAAGAAAGGAUCUCAUUAAAACAGAAGAAAUGAACACUAAGUAUCAAAGGGACAUUAGGGAGGUAAGUGAUUCGCGGCACUUUCAGUCUUUGCUUCCUGAAUGCUGUCUCUGAGAUGCUUUUUCCAUAAUUUCCCCAAUGGCAUAUACUCUUUACCUUUUCUCAAAAGACCGUAAAUCAGUAUGCAUUAUAUUAGUUAUGAAACUUGUUCACUAAGGCAAAAAUAGUUUACUUCAU